AAGAAUGUUCAACGAGACUUUGAGUUCUGGAGUUACUAACGAAACCGAGAUUGACUCCAUUUUCAACGAAAAUGGCGAAAUUUUCGAUAAUAGAAUGAUUGCGAAGGUUUCUUAUGGAAUAAUUGGGGUUCUCGCCUUCACCAGUAACUUGGUGUUUUUUGUCGCAAUGAAUCGGAAAAAGAAGACGCUAAAAACCUGUUAUGAUAUAUUGAUAACCAGCCUAGCAAUCGCUGACAUGCUCACGGGUCUAUUUAUAAUAGUCACACCUAACUACGUCAUAGGCAUGUCUUUGUAUUCAGUACCAGGCGGCAUAGCUGGUGAGAUAUUUUGUCGAAUGAUAUUUUCUAAAUUCUUCAUUUUCACCUUCGGAAAAGGAUCGGUGCUUACUAUCACGUGUCUGGCUGUCGAGAGAUGGUUCGUUUUAUUAAAACCAUUGCACUAUCAAAAGACCUUUUCUCACCGGAAACUCAUCAAAUACAUUAGAUGUAUCUGGUUCAGCUGCGCUUGCCUUCAGAGUUAUAAGCUGUUCUACGUAAAAUACUUCCAACAUUCAUGUUUUUUCAUUCCUUUACCUCUCGCAAAGAGUCAGGAGACUGCUGUGGUAAUAAUUUACGUGUCUCUCACGUUCUUCCUUCCAACUUUCAUCACAUGGGCUGCCUUUCUUCAUAUAUUUGUUGAAAUAAAGAAGUCUAACGCUCUCAAAGAGAAUCGAGGAAAAAUAAACAAACGUCGGUUGCUUAGGAUGUGUGCAAUUAUGUCUCUAAUGUUGACGGUAUGUUGGUUUCCAACAGAAGUUUGCUAUUUGAUAAACCAGUACGGAUUUCCUAUUCUAAACUUCGGCACUCCAUUUCGUGAGUUUACAGUAGCGCUUGCUCUGGCAAAUUCUUUUGUGAACCCUUGGAUUUACGUUGUGUCCAACAGAAAAUACAGACGAGCAAUAAUGACAUUCUUAGCUUUAUGUCACCAAGAUAACAGUAAGUAAUACUACGUGUGAUAUGAUUCGAACCACGGGUAUAAUGCUAAUGUUACAUCUGUCCUUGAAAUUAAUUUCAACGGUUUCAGUUACAAGUUAGGCCGGCUAGACAAAGAAACA